AUGAUUGCUUUCAUAAUCAUUUGAAGUCUCUAUGUAGUCUUCCAAGCUAUAUAUUUACUCUUUAUGAAAGGGAAACCAGAGAGAAUACAUCGGUAUCUUUCUUGAAUUAAUGUGCCAUGGUUGGUGUAUCUACUCAACUUGACAGUACUAUUCUUGGUGUUUGGUGUUCCCUUCAUCCUCUACAUCAUAUGGGGUAGCCUCCUCAUCGCAGAUGAUGAUGUAAACUCCCAUGUUGGAUUUGGAGUGAUGUUCCUCCUGUUCGCAGCCCAUCUCUUCGCACUUGGAGCUAUCAAUUGGUAUGCAAGAAAGUGGAGGAUCACACUUUUCAACUUCGGAUGUCUCGUUUUGUCAAUCGUCUUCCUAUGGCUGUAUCUUAUAUUUGUGAUCACGUUGCCUGACUACUUCUCAUUCACAGGAACUUCAGCUGUAUUUUUGGGUCUAAGCUUCCUACCUGUGUGCUUUAUACAUUACAGAAUUGAUAGUCUUAAGAACAAAGUCGAAGUGCAGACCUACAUGAAGACCAUGGAGGCAGAAACACUGAACAAAUCCUCUCCAGGAGAAAUCCUUACGGCCACCAGAGAUAAUCAGAAGAAGGGGUACUUGCUCUGGUGCAAGGUAAAAUACGUCUCUAAUGCCCACUUGGGGUAUCUAGUCAGCAUUGCCUCGUUGAUAGUCUACGCAAUCCUUAUCCGCUCAGAAGCAAAGAAAGUGCACAGCGACCUAGGGUUCAUCAACAUGGCUCUCGUCAUCAUAACAGACCUUAUCCUGAUAUUAUGGGGAAUGUGGUCAAGGUCAGGUUACUAUGUGUCUCCGACCUAUGUGUGCCUGAUUGUUUUGGCCACAAGGGCUCUGUUAUGUGUAUGGCCUUACUACUGGAUCAUCACACACUCAGCAGUGUUCCUGAUACUAUUGAUGAUGUUCGCGACUGUUUGGAUUUUUAAGAAUAUUCAUGUAGAUAGUAAGGAAAGCAGAAGAAACAAGAAACAACAGGAGCUACUGACCAUUAUUCAGGCCUGACCUGAACUACAGCAAGAGUUAUCCAAGGAUCUUGAAGGGAUGAACCCAGAUGAGUUGGUGAAUCAAAAGAAGAACCAGCUCAUGAAUGCUCUCUGAGAACUAGUACCAAUCACUAUUCUCUUGAUCACAUUUAUAGUAUAUGGCUCGAUUAUCUGGACCACUGAUAUCAAUAGGGCUGUUGCCAAGAGAAUAAUAGUAGACAACCAGAGACUGCACCAAGGACUUUUCGUUGGCCUUGCGAUUGCUAUCUUCUUUGCCUAUUCACUCAUCGCUAUCUGGCUUAGAUUGUUCCAGUUGAAUAGUUAUAAAACCAAUUGUUACCUCUUGUUCCAGGCUAUAAUCUCCUACAUUGCGAUAAUCUUCAUAGGAAUUCUGUAUGGCAACAUUGUGUUGGACGAUGUUGACAGUGGGACGAGGACAACUGCUAUUACUGCUUUCUGCAUUGCUCCGUUGUACAUCUUCACUAUCUGUAUUUUCUAUGGAAUCUGGAUGCAUAACUUCUACAAUUUUUAUGCAAGUGCGAAGAUAGCCAAGAUUGCCCAAAAUAUGGAAGAGAGGAAGGAUAUGGAACGGAACGAUUCGAAUGAUGAAAUGGUCAGGAACAGCGAUAAUGGCAGCCAGAACCAGGGCCGCGACCAGGGCAAGGACGAACGCAAGAAAGUUAAGACUAAAUAUAGAUGGCUUCCUCGAUGCCACAGAGGAGAGCAUGCCUUUAAUGAUUUCCUUAGUUUCUCUGUCUUUUGGAUUAAUGUCAUUGGACUCUUGGUCGGCUUUAUUAUCUGAAUUGUGGAAUUUGAACCCAGGUGGAUCGUUGCUUUUAUAUGGGCCUGGGCGAUGCUUAUUGAGUUUGGAGCCAUGGGAAUUAUUAGGUUCAUGCAUCAUGGAUAUUCCUCUAGAGAUGAGUGGAUCUGGAUCUGUAUUUGGGUCUGCAUCGCUGCUUAUAUAUGCUCCGCAGUCAGCUUUGGGUUUGGUAUUGAUAGGGCAAGUGAUGAUGACGAGACUACUUACAUUAUAGCCUUCCUUAUUAUCCAUGUUGGUGUGAUUUUGUUAGGAAUAUAUCUAACUAUUGGGUACAAGAUUAAGCAAGAGAUUAAAAAAAAAACUUAUUCGAGAGUUAUUGCGCUUGGAAUUAUGCUAAUUACUCUUUUAAUAGUCGGGCUUCUUCUGAUCUUCGUUGCUGAGUGGUAUGCAAGUGGAUGUGGUAUACUCACACUCUGAUUUUACCUAUUUCUGAAGAUAGUCCAAAUCGAAUCUUGAAUGACAAAAUGGUUCAGUGAUAGGACUUGGAAUAUUAUCCAGCUGACUCUAUUGACUAUAAUCAUUGCAAUUACAACAGUUAUCCUAAUCAUUGAACUUGAUGAUGAAGAAAAAGCUGCACUAGAGGUUUUAUCAUAUGCUUCCUAUUUACUAGCUGCUAUUUUCUGUGUGAUGUUUUAUUUCGAAUACAGUCUAAAUGAACAGAACAGUAAGCACCAGAUCUAUGUGUACAGUACACAGCUACUACCGAUGCUAAAAUACGUGCCAUCUCAGAGCGGUGGGCAUGACGGAAAGAUGGUGCAAAACAACUCAGAAUAUAUCUACUUCUUUGCUGCCACCCUUAUCUUCCUUACUUGGUCUAUCAUUGCCGGGAUGCUUCUCAAAGAGGAUGAAAGAUACAUCGGCUUAGCCUGCACUUCGCUUGUGAUCAUCGUCGCUUUCUUGUAUGUAGUGAGGAACUAUAAUAAAGCUAACUAUUUCAAAGAUGUGGAUAUUCUCCAGCUUUCUUGGUCUAAGUACUGAGAACUUCAAAUCCAGGCAAUGGAAUAUAGGGACAAACUCACCAAAGAUGACAUGAAUGUUAACGAAGUUGAGGAGCAAGAAGAUGAGGAAGAGCAAAUUGACCCGAAGGAGGUGGCUGAUCGAAGAGAAACCAUCCUCAAGACUACUAAGGAAUGGAAGGAACUCGAACGUGUCUGGACUCGUAUGGUUAUGUGUGGCAAGAAGAGAAUGGAGACUAAAAUCGAGCUUGACAACCCACAAACAAGGAAACAGCAUGAGGACUUCCAAGACCAAGAGUCUCUCUAUGAGAGAGCCAAGAUGAUCACUGUGUGAGACGAAAGAGUUGAUUCUGAGAUCUUUAACAAUGUGUGCUCAAGAUCUUACUUUAAAGGCCUGAUAGUACUUCACCUGCAGAACUUUAGGAAAGAGCUGAAGUCUAAGGUCAAAGCAGUUCUGAAUGAAAUGACGAUUCUUUUGAAAGAUAGCCAAUUCAAGGACCAUUUGGACAAGCUUCACUUCGCUCUGUUCGAGAAAAUGAACAGUAACCAAGAGUUUAACCACUUUAAUCAAAUGUUUGCUGAAUAUGCAAGACUCAGACAGGAGAAACUUGAUGAACUCAGAAGAAGACAGGAAGAGGAAGAGAAAAAGAGGCUUGAGCGUGAACAAAGAGAAGCAGAGCUUGCAGAGGAACUUGGAGAAGAUGACAUUAACCUCGGACCUGGCGUCCUUGUCAUGACUGAUGUCGAGAACAAGCUCCAUAAUGAGUUUAACGAGAAGGGUGACCAGAUUUUGAAUAAGUUCAAAGAUAUGGAGAAUUUUGAAGAUGAUGCUUUUUAUGGUGACAAAGCUAUAUCUCUCACUGGAGAUGUAGACAGCUAUUCUAUCUCUUCCUGGCUCAGACCACAUGACAUGGUCGAUUCAAAGUUUAAAAAGAUAACUAACCCAAAAGUUAUUGUAGACGGGUUUGGGUGUAACGAUAUUGGGCAGGGAGGUCUUGGAGAUUGUUGGUUCUUAUCUGCUAUGUCGUGCAUUGCAUUCUCCAGACCAGACAUGCUGAAGAACCUUUUCCAUCCCAAAACUUCUGAUUAUACUGGAAGUGGACCAUAUGUUAUUAGGUUUUACAAAAACGGAAAGCUUAAGAUUUGAUACAUUGAUGACAGGUUCCCUUGCAGAGCAGAUGGGAGAUCUGUAUUUUGUAAAACUAUUACAGAAAAUGGUCAGACAGAGCUAUGGCCACUCAUGCUUGAGAAAGCAUUUGCUAAGAUUCACAAUAGUUACGAAGCUAUUGAUGGAGGCUUCCCAGACCAAGCUCUAGUUGACAUGACCAAUGGAAUUGCUGAGGAUAUAAGAUUUGACACGAAAGAAUUCAAGAAACUCAAAAAUGAUGGGUCGUUCUGGCAGAAAUUGCUGAGGAGCUGUUCUGACGGGCAUCUGAUGGCAGCUUCGAGUAAGGGAACAUCUGAUGCCGUCCAGACAAACCUUGGUAUUGUCGAAGGCCAUGCUUACUCAGUACUUGAUGUCCAAGAAAUUGACAAUUUCAAGCUUAUUCAGUUAAGAAAUCCAUGGGGCAGCACUGAAUGGAAAGGUGACUGGAGUGAUACUGACAAGAAGCAUUGGACAAAGAAGAGGCUGAAAGUAGCGAAUUCAAGACAGAAAGCUCAGAAUAGAAACCCUCUAGGUUCUGAUGAAGAUGAUGGUGCUUUUUGGAUGAGCAUCGACGAUUUUAUCAAUAAUUACAGCAGUGUCAGUAUUGUUAGGAUCUAUGAAGCCCCAACAUGGAGAAAAACAAAUGUCACUGGUACUUGGAAGGGAGAGACAGCUGGUGGUUGUCCUAACCACGACAGCUUUGGAGACAAUCCUCAGUUCAAGCUUACUGUACCUAGGAAUACAUCUGCAAUCUUCAACCUUUCUCAAACAGAUAAAAGAGGAAUUGGAAGAGAAAAGAACUUCUGUAUCGGCUGGAGUUGCUUCUCUAAUAAUGGCCAGAGGAUAGUUGGCAACAAUACUCCUAGACCUGUCCACAAGUCAGGAACAUACACAAAUGUGAGGGAGAAGUUUACUGAAAUAUCACUAAAAGCUAGCGACAAGCCAUAUACCUUUGUAUGCUCUACUUUCAAGCCAGGAGAGGAGACAGGAUUCACCCUUUCAAUUAUUACAAAGGAAGAAAUCUUUGUAGAAUCGCUCUAG